ACUGCUCGUAUUGUUUGGAGCCGCGCGUCUUUCAGUUGGCGGGUAUUUGUAGACAGCAGAGUGUCGGAGAGGUCUCAGCCAGCCGCAGAACAGCUUUCCAUUUUGUCGAGAAAAUGUCUGACUGGACCAGAGACCGGCAGCGCGACGCUUCCAGCAGCGAGCCCGACCGGAGAAACAUCGGUCCUUCUCGGUGGUCCCACUGCAGGAAGAGAGGAAUCGAUGGAAGCCUACGAACCAGCGAGGCAGAUGGUGGUGAUCUGAAAGGUGUCGGGCAGACUGGCAGCAGACACCUGGACAGCAGACAUGCAAGCUUCACCACUCCAGAGGGCACAGGUCCGGUGUCCCGCUGUGGUCGACAGGCCGACUGGGGCAGCCAGGUGGAGGACGAUGAGAUGAGGAGGGAUGUCCACAGGGACAUGCAGCGUUACAGGAGGAGAAUACUGGGAGCCGAGGUGACCCAGAGGGAGAGGAAGACCUCUUCUGGCUCUUCUGGGAGCUGUGACUCCAGAGAGGGAGAAAACAUGGAGACUGAUGAAGCUGUGUUGCUACGAAGACAAAAACAGAUCAACUAUGGCAAGAACACGCUGGCCUACGACCGCUACAUCAAGGAGGUUCCAAAACACAUGCGUCAGCCAGGCAUUCACCCCAAGACUCCAAACAAGUUCAGGAAGUACAGCCGUCGCUCCUGGGACCAGCAGAUCAAACUGUGGAAGGUCAAACUGCAUGCUUGGGAUCCCCCAAGAGAGGACGGCAAAGACAAAGCCCUUGAUAACAUUGAGGAGCUGGACCUCAACGAUGUCAUGGACAUUGAACUGGACUUUCCUACUCUGACUGAUUCCCAAAGCGCCCCAGCCUCCCUCACCACACACAGCUUUCUAGUGGAGGAUGAAGAGUGCCUGGGUACCCCAGUUAAAGUACAGAAGACAGAAGAACCCACAGCAGAACCGGACAUGGCAUAGCUUGUCGUCAGCCUUCUCCAGGAUCAAGCAAGAUAUUGAUGUACAGUUUAAAUGGUUGAUCUGUUUCCCCUGACUCCUCACAGUCAGACCCUGUUUCCCAGAAGGCCUCUGCUCCAGCUACCAUCUACUUGGUUUCUUGGAGGAAUGAGGCCCCGACACAGCUUCACACUGCUGUGACUGGCUGGCUGUCGUUAUUACACUCUCGUUUCUUUUUCAGUGUAUAGUAUUCAUAAUCCAUAGUUUGUUACCUUUUACAGAUCAUUAAUCUGCUCAGGGAGUCAUCUUUUUAUGGCAAGAUUUUACAAUGGCAUUUUUAAUCAAGCUUCAGCCCAUUUCAAUGGUUUACGAUGUGGUGUUCACAAACACCCUUGUUGCACUGAUGUGAGGCGUGCUGGAUCAGACCUCUAGGCUGCUGAUGUCCACAGGAUGCUAAUGUGAUGCUGCAUCCUGUGUGCAUUAGCCAAGUGGAAUCAAGUCCGUAGACACUGAACUCAAAUGGUCCUCUUCAUGGGUAAAAGUAGAAACUAGAGGCUCAUUGACAAGGCUUGUUUUCUUCUAAGUGUGUAAUGUUGAAGUGUGGAAGAGUUUAAACUUAGUACUUUCAGUUCAGUUAUAUUUGGCUGUGGUUGGUUUUUAUUUUAACACAGUUGUAGCCACAUUUUUUCUUGCUGUUUCUUUCAUGGUGAAGACUUUCAAAUAAA